AUGGGUCGGCCCAAGAUUCUGAACACCCUUGAAAAAUGUUUGGUAAUUCUCUUUGUGGGCAUGAUGGCUGUCUGCAUGGGCCUCGUGGGCAUUUACUUCAUGGACAGGACAAGUUAUUCUUCAGAUAUAAAAGCGCCACAGUGCCGGGGUCUCCAGGAGCAGACGGGAGAGUCAGGCACCUUCACCAGCGGGAACUACCCCAGCAGUUAUGACAACGACAACAUGUGCACAUGGAUCAUCACUGUGGACCCUGACAAGGUGAUUCAUUUGUGGUUUGAGGACUUUGCUUUGGAGGAAACCAAGCUCUGCACGGCAGACUUCGUCUCACUGCGAGACACAACGGGACACAUUGGUAAAUAUUGUGGCUACACCAAACCAAAGCCUAUGGUAUUACUUUCAAACAACCUAACAGUCAACUUCAUCGCCAAUGACAGAAACACAGACCAAGGCUUCAAGGCUCAUUACAAAGCCGUGGCUCCAGAGCUCACAUCAGAAAUAGUCGGCGCUGGCGGUUUCCUCCAAGGGGAUCAGGGCAAUCUGACGACACCAGGCUUCCCGGAGCAGAACUACAUUAACGGAGCCCUAUACCAGUGGAGAAUCACAGUGCCUGAAGGCGAGAGGGUCCGGCUGACUUUUACAUCCUUUGACCUCGUCUCUGAUCUCUGUGGAGACUUUGUUCAAGUUUGCGACGUCCACGAGGCUGGCUCGUCUGUAAUAGGUAAAUUAUGUGGGGGGAGGAUGCCGAAGCCAGUGGAGUCCAAAGGCCACGCUAUGGUCGUUCGCUUCAAAUCUGACUGCAAUCUGACUUCACGAGGCUUCAGCGCAACUUACACCAAGUCUAGCCUUGCACCCGUCAUUAUUCCCACCACGACGGCCACAGUCACAGCGAGAUCCACCCCACAAACCCCCCUGUCCCCGACAACUCCUGGGAGUGAAGGUCCAGUAAUUCUUCAUGGACGAAAAGGAGUAAUCCAGUCCUUGGGUUUCCCAAAUCCGUAUCCUGCUCAUUUAAAUAGCUCCUGGAGGAUAUCCGUCUCCAAAGGAUUCCUGGUUAAGUUCAAAAUCACAGACAUGGCCAUCUCUGGCGAGACCGGACAGUGCAAAGAAGAUCGGCUGAUCGUCUCAGACGACUACAACAUUCUCGGUACACACUGUGGCUACAUCCUUCCCCCACUGGUGAUAAGCGCCAGCGACACAAUAUCUGUCACCUUCAUGUCCAACGGUCGCCUCACUGACCGAGGAUUUUCUGCCAAGUGGGAGGCUGUGUAUCCUGAAGAUAUUGCAGAAAUUCAGGGCUGUGCCUUUUCUUCUGAAAAGGAAACUGGGGUCAUCAAAUCCCAGAACUGGCCUAUAAGUUACAAGGUCAAUACCGACUGCAUGUGGAACGUUGUUUUACCUUUUGGGAAAAAAAUCUCCCUGACAUUCACCCACUUCGACCUAGAAGCCAAAGAUUCCCAAGAAUCCAAGUGCCAUGACAACGUAAUGCUAUAUGACAUCAGUAAUUGGACUAAUACACUGAUUAAAAAGAAAGGUCCAUUUUGCGGAACGACCCUGCCUAAUACAUUCCAGACAGAAGGAAACAGACUGGUGAUCCGUUUUCAAACAGACUUACUUGCUGAAGGCAAAGGCUUCCGGGCCUACUGGACUACGAACCCCAGUCUGUCUGCUCCCACUGAGCCGCCUGCUCAGCCCAACCCCUGGGACAGCAUCUCCAUAGAGUGGCCGAGUAUGUGCGGGAAACCAGCCAUUUCUCCUAAUGUUGGCAUUGUGAAUGGUGAGGAAGCCAUACCACACUCCUGGCCAUGGCAAGGGUCCAUACAGGUCCGGCUGGGCGGUCCCCCAGAGCCCUCCUUCUCACACGUCUGCAGUGGGACUCUCGUUCAUAAGAACUGGGUACUUACAGCAGCUCGCUGUUUCAUAAGAUAUGCGGAUGAGCUGCAGCGCUGGCGCAUUUGCCUCGGCAAACACAACCUGACCUUCACUGAACCGAGUGAACGGUGCAUCAAAAUAUCUGACAUUUAUUAUCAUGAGGCCGUCAAGUAUCCCACUGUGCCCCCGGUGGAGUUUGAUAUUGCCCUGGUCAAGCUGGAUGAGGAGGUGAUACCAAGAGAUGAGAUAUCAUAUGCGUGUCUGCCAUCGGAGGAGGAAGUUCUACCUGAAGGAAAGAAAUGCUACGCCACCCGCUGGAGAGUUGAGACAGGUGAGUCUCUGAACGCUAAGACGUCGGAAACCCUCCACCAGGUCGCCUUACCCGUUGUGCCGUAUGACACCUGCAAAAAGAUGGAUUACUGGUGGUUCCAGGUCAAGACAUCCAUGAUCUGCUGCGGUUACACCGAGCCGGAUGAGCUCAAGUCUGUGUGUCAAGGAGAUUCAGGCGGCCCACUUGUCUGCCAGGAUACACCUGAUGCACCCUGGGAGGUUCAUGGCAUAACCAGCUUUGGCCCUGUAGGAUUUGUUAUGAAUAAGAAGCUGUCCGUGUUCACCCGCUCCUCUGCCUAUAUUCCCUGGAUCACAGGUGUCAUCCGCAGGGAUAUUUACCAUCAGCAAACAUCUGGUUGUGGAGGGCCGAAGGAGCUGACAGGUACAGGUGGUACCAUAUCCUCCAUGGGUUACCCUGGCAGCUACAGCAACAGAGCCCACUGCCAGUGGAGCAUCCAGGUGCCUGAAGGCAAACUGGUUCACCUCCAUUUCCACAAUUUCUCUCUGGAGGAGAGUCAGAUGUGUAGGAAUGACAAAGUCACCCUCACAGACCAAAUAGGAAGUCUGGGAACCCACUGCAGUCACGUCCCCCCGAAAGAUGUGGUAAGUGAUGGAGACACACUUCACGUCAGCUUCUCCUCCGAUGACAAGGUGGUGGACACAGGUUUUACCGCCACCUGGAGGGCAGUGGACCCCACAGAGGCUCCCUGUGGAGGAAGUUUCAGCAGCAAUCAGGGCGAAAUCAUGUCCCCAAAUUGGCCAAAUGACUGCGAAGCUCAGAUUGCUUGCACAUGGCGUAUCAGCAUUCCUUCAUCAAAAAGUAUCCAUGUAGUCUUCACUCACUUUGAUUUGCAACCUGUUAAUAUAUUAGGAAACUGCGUGGACUAUGUGGAGGUCUUCGGUGGAGAAAACGUGACAUCACUGGGCCGAUUCUGUGGCUUUUCCCCACCACCCACCUUCACCAUCACAAGCAGCACAGUAGUCAUCCGCUUCCUUAGCAACGGAGCAAAUCAGCAGAGGGGAUUUCGUGGGUAUUGGACCACUGAUCCCAGUGUGAUUCCGACUUUACCUCCUCGUCGUCUGAACCCAUGGGACAACAUUACCAUCACCUGGCCAAAAAACUGUGGCAACCCGGAAGUGACACCAAAUACAGCCACUCCGAGGGCGGUUAAUGGGGAGGAGGCAGUCCCCCACUCCUGGCCCUGGCAGGUCUCCAUGCAGGCUUCACCAGUGUUCCCUGUAUCUUACGUACAUGCUUGUGGAGGCUCUUUAAUUCAUGAAGAAUGGAUCCUAACAGCAGCUCGCUGUUUCAUGGCCCCACUGAAUAAACCCUCCUACUGGCGCAUGUGUCUUGGGAAGCACCACAUGAACUCCUCCAUGGACGUCCCCUCGGUGGAGGAAUGCUACAUGGUGGAUGCAAUAAUCCGCCACGAAGGGUUUGUCCACGAUCAGGAUCGCAACGAAGUCACCAACGACAUUGCCCUGGUGCAUUUGACUAAGCCUGUCAGUAUGACGAGGGAGAUCAGCCCCAUAUGUUUACCAGAACUGGGUGCCAUGAAGCCCGCUGGAACAAUGUGCUUCGUCACCGGCUGGGGAGACGAGAGAGGGAGCCCCUCUCAAAAAGUGGCUGAAAAACUAAACCAGGCAGCCCUUCCCAUUAUGGACUUCCAGGCCUGCAGUAAGCCCGCGUAUUGGUGGGACAUCCUCAGGCCCUCCAUGCUCUGUGCUGGCUACGAGUCCCCGGAUGAGCUUAAGUCUGCAUGCCAGGGUGACUCAGGCGCUCCUUUCGCUUGCACGGCUGCAGGAACGAACGCAACAUGGGAGGUUCAUGGAGUCGUCAGCUUUGGACCACAGGGCUGCGGCAGAGACAGGAAACCGUCAGUGUUCACCCGAGUCUCUGCCUUCAGCGACUGGAUCAGUGACAGCAUCAAGAAAUGUAUCUAUGAAAGUGGCAAAACCCUAAAAUAAAGCUUCUCACAGGGGGUUGUUGCUAAUUCCUGUUUUAACCUUGUCACUCUGGAUUUGGACUCUGUCUCAUGGUGAAACUUUAAUACCACAAAACAGGAUGUUAUAUUUUAAUAUAGUAUUUAGUAUAAAGAGUAUGUAUUCUUGUGCUUUUUAAAUAAUGUUUAAUAUGUUUAACACUGCACCAAAACAUUUAUACCAAAGUACAUAUUUAAUCACAUUUAUCAAUGAAUGUAUCUAUAAAUGUCAUUGUUUAUUUAUCUCUCCUGCUGUUCUGUUUUACUUUUGGUUAAAUUAAAUGUUUAAAUGAAAAUGAUCAUUACUGUGACAUUUGAAGAGGUUAGACUUUAAUUUGUCCAGAAUCGUAUUAAAGGAACACAAAGUAUUCCUUGAAUCUGUAUAUUGAUAGUAGUUUCCAGGUUUUAAGGACUUGUAAUACUUUGUGACUGGAAGGAG